CAUCAUCAUCAUCGGCCGAUCGAGUUCGCCGGAAAUGGAGAAGAGCGAGCGAUCAAUCCAGGUCCGAGCCCUAACCGGCGAAUCGACCGCCGUCUCGAUUCCGAUCGACAAGACCGUCCGCGACCUCAAGCAUCUGCUGAAGCAGACCUUCCCUCUCGCCGCCCGCUACCCUAACUUCAACCUCUAUCACAAGGGUGUCAAAUUGAGCUUGCAGAAUCGGAUCAGUAGCUACUGCAUUGAUGUCGGAGAAGUGGUGGGUUUCGUCCCCGUCGUCAAGAAACGGUCGGCGGAGGCGGAGGCGGAGGCGCAGGCGCGGACACCUUGUGGUUCUGGUGUUGCUGGCCCUAACGAGACGCCCAUUUCCAAAUUUGCGGAUUCUGCGUGGUCUGAUAUGAUUCGAGAAAUACGUGAUGUGACGAGUCGGGACGAGAGAGCACGCGAAGGUUUACCGAGCAAAAGUCCUGAAGUUGAACCGGAAACUGAUGGGCAAGAUACCGUGUCUUGUUCUUAUCUUGGGAAGCGUAGAAGGGAUUCGGAUGGCGAAGCAAAAGGAUGGCCGGAGGAUCUUGUCCUUAGCAUACUGCAGUCUUCUAGCGAGGAUAUGCUGGACGAGGGGAAUCACGAGAAACUUCUUAGUGUUUUGGAGUCGGUUAAUUGCCUGCAAAAUCCGGAUACUCGAAGCUGUUUGUUUCUCAGUAAAGGCAGUUUAAGGGAAGGCGUGCUUGGAGAGUGGAAAGAGAAUAUCAGUUCAUGCUUGUGCCCACCGUGGUUGUUGACAAUAAUGAAGGCAUUUACUUUCUUAAACAUUUAUGAAGUCUUUUUAAAAUUUAGGCGGGAAAGAAUCACGACGAAUCGUGUAAAGAAAGCUCUAAGCUGGAUUGGGAGGUUUGGGAUCAAAGUCAAUAUGAAGGACAUCGAGAAUCUUUCGAUUCUCUGCCCUAAGGUGGUGUCUUUUGUUGACUAUGGUAUGGAAAGGAAGAAACUCGGUGAUGCUCUUGUUGUUAUGAAGUCUCCUACGGAGAAGGAUGAUCAAUUUGAAGACAUCCCUAGAAUUGCUGAAAAGAAGGUUUCCUUGUCGAAGCUUUUCUAUUUAAUGGAAAGACGAGAAAGGUCCUUCAGAUAUACUAUCAGAUCAAUAAUGUGUAAACAUGAAAAUGGGAAUACCAAAUUUUUGUCCUUGGAUGAUCUACUCAUGUCCACAAGAGAAGGAGAUGUUUCUACUAGUAAGAAUAAGGAUUCAGCAAGUGUAAUCGAGAAGAAGCAGGCAAGGAGAGUAGCUUCGACAGCAAACCAUGCAAAAAAUCAAUGUCAUGACACCAAUGCAUUCCUGCCGGCGGAAAUGGUUGAACAUCUCCACAAGGUUGUGGGCUCUCAAGGACAGAUCGUGCAUGUUGAAGUGAUUUCAGGCAGAAAACCAACUUAUAUGGAGAUCCCAAAUGAUCUCUCAGAAGACACUAAGCAUGCACUUCAACAUAUGAAAGUCACUAAAUUGUAUAGCCAUCAGGCAGAGUCAAUACAAGCUUCUCUUGCUGGGAAGAAUGUUGCUGUGGCAACAAUGACAUCAAGUGGGAAAUCCCUUUGCUACAAUGUGCCAGUUCUCGAGGAGCUCUUGAGGAAUUCAUCCUCAUGUGCUCUUUAUCUGUUUCCGACAAAGGCUCUUUCUCAAGAUCAACUUAGAGCUUUGACACGUAUGAUAGAAGGAAUUGAUGCUGGCCUGUAUAUUGGAAUAUAUGAUGGUGAUACACUUAAGGAGGAUAGGACAUGGCUCCGUGACAAUGCUAGAUUGUUGAUCACGAACCCAGAUAUGCUUCAUAAAUCAGUAUUGCCAUACCAUGGAAAAUUUGUGCGGAUUUUAUCAAACCUUAGGUAUGUCGUGAUUGAUGAAGCUCAUUACUACAAAGGAGCAUUCGGAUGUCAUACUGCUCUUAUUCUUAGGAGGCUUCGGCGGCUCUGCUCACAUGUCUAUGGCAGUGAUCCUUCGUUCAUCUUUUCAACGGCAACUUCUGGAAACCCUCGUGAGCAUUGCAUGGAACUUGCAAAUCUACCAUCAUUGGAGCUAAUUCAAAAUGACGGGAGUCCCUCUGCUCAGAAGCUUUUUGUUUUAUGGAAUUCUUCCUCGGUUGGCCUGCAUAAAAAUGACAACUGUGUAGACGCUCAUAAAUCAGCAUAUAAGGGUUCGAGUCCGAUUUGGGAAGUGUCUCGUCUGUUUGCAGAAAUGGUUCAGCAUGGACUAAGAUGUAUAGCUUUUUGUACAUCACGUAAACUCUGUGAACUCGUUUUGUCCUAUACGCAAGAGAUUCUUCGUGAGACAGCUCCAAAUCUGGUUGACUCAAUAAGUUCUUAUCGAUCUGGAUAUACUGCUGAGAUCAGGAGGGCAAUAGAAAGUGAUUUUUUUGGAGGGAAGCUACGCGGAAUUGCUGCUACUAAUGCUCUUGAGUUGGGUAUUGAUAUUGGACAUCUUGACGUAACUCUGCAUUUGGGAUUUCCUGGUAGUAUUGCUAGCCUGUGGCAACAAGCAGGAAGGUCUGGACGAAGAGAAAAACCAUCUCUUGCAGUGUAUGUGGCAUUUGGAGGGCCACUGGACCAAUAUUUUAUGAAGCAUCCGGAGAAACUUUUCAAGAGUCCAAUAGAGUGCUGCAGUAUAGACGCCCAAAAUCAGUUGGUUCUUGAGCAGCAUUUGAGCUGUGCUGCCAUAGAACACCCGUUAAGUUUGCAUUAUGAUGAGAAGUUUUUCGGUAAUGGUCUCAGCAGCACCAUAACAACUCUCAAGAAUAGAGGAUGUGUUAGUUCCAAUCCAUCCUGUGAUUCCUCAGCUAGAAUAUGGAAUUAUAUUGGGCGUGAGAAAAAGCCUUCGGAUGCUGUCAACAUUCGAGCAAUAGAGACUAGUACGUAUCUAGUGAUGGAUAUUCAAAAAAAUGAAGUCCUAGAGAAAAUUGAGGAAAGCAAGGCCUUCUUUCAGGUACAUGAAGGAGCUGUGUACAUUCGGCAGGGCAAGACCUAUCUGGUAAAAGAUUUGGAUCUGUCAGCUAAAACUGCUUGGUGCCAGGAGGCAGAUUUAAAGUAUUACACAAAAACUCGCGAUUACACAGACAUUAAGGUCCUUGGAGGUGAUAUAGCCUAUCCGGUGACCAUGUCCAAUUUUCCAAGUACAAAUGUUGGAGCAAGUAAAAUUCUAGUAACGACUGCUCUGGCUAAUAGUUGUAAAGUGAUUACGACUUGGUUUGGAUUCCGUCGACUAAGCAGAGGCAGUGGUCAAGUCUUGGAUACAGUUGACCUUUCACUUCCCAAAUAUUCCUAUCAGUCACAGGCAGUAUGGAUUUCAGUUCCGCAAACUGUCAAAGAAGCUGUUGAGAUGAAAAGUUUCUCUUUCCGUGCGGGCUUACAUGCUGCUUCACAUGCUCUUCUAAAUGUUGUGCCUUUAUGCAUAAUAUGCAAUUCAGCUGACUUGGCUCCAGAGUGUUCAAAUCCGUUUGAUUCACGGUCUUUUCAGGAGCGGAUAUUGUUGUAUGACAAGCAUCCUGGAGGAACUGGUGUUUCAUUGCAAGUUCGUCCCUAUUUCAUUGAGCUACUAACUGUAGCUUUGGAGGUUAUUUCAUCUUGCUGCUGCAUGGGAGACACUGGCUGCCCUAAAUGCAUCCAGAGUAUGGCUUGUCACGAGUACAACGAAGACCUACACAAGGAUGCUGCCAUUAUUAUCAUCAAGGGUGUUCUGGAUGCAGAGAAAGCUCAUUUUGGUCAUUCUCCACACUCCCCAAAAGACUCUUGACUAAGGUAGAGCCAGUGGCUUCCGAUAGUCACUUUUACGUGUGGAUAAAAUGUAGCAGUACGCCUACCUGGACGACUUUCUUUUGCAGGGAUGUACUUGAGUCGGUUCUCUAAGUUAUAAAUACGGUCGUCAUUUUUGUUGUGAAGAUGUAGGUGUAAAUCGCAUCAUAUUCAUUCGACCUGUUAAGACGUCGGUCAUCUCCAGGUAGUUUAGGUCGUUCUUAAAGGAGGAUUGAGUCUGGAGAGAGCAGAAAACAACAGGGAAGAGCCAUUGCAGAGCAUGCGGGUUCUGUAGGGGACCGUUUUUGCAUUAAUCUUACUAUGCAAAGAAAAAAUACGUCAGAUCUUAAUAUGUAUGGGAAUGUAUAUAUUCACUAUAUCUUCAAUUACAUAAGCAUUGUCACGUAUC